GGAGUGGAGUAGAGGAGAUGAUUUGUAAUGAUGACAUCAUUUGAUGUCAUGCAUCAUUACUAACACUCAGGUGUAUUUUAUAUGCACGUGUGAAGUUAUGUGGUUUCAUCAUUGUGUACACGAUGAUCCAACCUCACGGCUAGACGCGGUGUACAUUCGCUGACUCAGUGCCACGGUAUUGGCAGAUAAACAUAGACCACUUCUUGGAUUCUCAAUCGCCUUUGAUACGCAAGCAUCUUGUCCGUGUGAAUAAAUAACCACAUCCUUGUAAAUCAGAUGUAUGAUAAAUAGGACGAAGCGGGCAAUGGAGAAGUCUAACCUUAGCAACAGUUAGUGCUCAAAGAAGAACAUUCUUCAGAAUGUGCAUGGUAAAACCUUAAGUCCGCAGGUGUCUUCAGGAAUUGCAAAUGAAAGGAAAUAUGGUGUUGCAUACUAGAGACAUCAUGGUCCCGGAGAAUGGAAUCACUGCUGCAAUUGACCAAUAUGCGUCGUCUGCGAGUCUGAAGGACCUUGGACUGGUGAAAGACGUGUUAGGCAGUUUGGUCGAAUCGAAGACGCAGGUGGAUGCUAUCAGGUACGCAUUCCAAAAUCUGACUACACCAUCACUGGUUGAUUUCUGCAUUGUCGCACUUCAAGUGACUAGAGAUGCAAAUGUUCAAUAUGGAAUUGAGGAGUGUUUUAUGGAAUUCAGCAUGCAAAGUCUGGAGACAUACUGCAUUCUUCUUGAAAAAGGCAUGCACUUGGGUGAAAUAUGGCCACUCUGGACGUAUUCUCUGGUCAUGCCUCAAGCUGAAAAACACAUUUUUGAUGCUAUGAUUCUGAGGAGAGAGGCAUGCAACGUGAUGGUUGUCCACCACUUCAUAGCUGGCAAGAAACACCGGGAUGCGUACAAAGUUCUGAUAGCGACGAUUCAAGCCUGCAAUGCACAGUCCUUCAGAGUCCUGCUCUACGUAAUGCGAGAAUUUCCACCUGAUCCGUUGAAACAAACACCGUUCAGGAUGAUCUUCCGGACACUGGUACUCGCAGGCUAUAAACCAGAUCAAGACUUUGUUUCAGGUUUAACUGGUGUUGGGUACAAGAAGAGAUACUUUGGCAAUUUCACUCCUCUUGGGAUUUGGUAUCGGAAUUAUGCUAAAACGGUGAAAAACUUGACACAUCUAUGUCGAAUAGCGGUUCGGAAACAAUUUACCUACAAUGUGUUCUAUAGUGUCAACAAGCUGAAGAUUCCAGAAAAACUAAAACAAUAUAUUCUGUUGAGAGAUCAUCAUACUGAGUCAGUUAUAUACUCACAAAAGGGUUAGACGAAUGUGCUCAUUCUAUAAAGACAUACUCUUCGUACACAUUUUGGUUAUAUAAUGCUGUUUCUAGGCCAUUUGGAUUCAUCAAAUAGAUCAAAAUCGGGGCUCACCCUGCCCUUAGUCAAAUUAACCAGUGGCUAUAUUUAAUAUUUGGCUAAUAAUAAUUUUAAAAAGUAGCCAUUUAUAAUGAUUUUUAAAUUUGCUCAAAAUAAAAUGUUCUGUGUGAGACCUAACCAAAAUGUUCAAAGAUUGAACAUAU